AUGACUUCUUUGCCCUCUCUCCCAGUGAAGCACAAUGACUUCGUGAAGUAUGUCAGCUCCAACUCGGAAAAGCCCAUGGCCGAUUUGGUUCAGCCAUAUAACGAGUACGAUGCCGUUUUGCGCAAGAAUUUUGCUCAAGACCCCUCUCAUCCAUCAAUCCAAGACAACCACGUCAACAUUGUACCGCUGUACGACCAGAAUGGUUCCACAGAUCUUUCCAUUCGAGCUCGGGACCUUGUCUCGGAAACGCCAGAGCAAACGGAGAAGUAUCUUUUGCCGCUAAAUGCAAAAGACCGGAAACCACAUGGUUCUGCGGCAGUUGUCCCCUCCUUGAAUGAGUUCAAGAACAACUUUGCGCUCUUCACAGAGGGCUCGUUAAGUGAAAUUGACUGGUCCAACGUGGUGGCUGCUGGCAGUGCUGUCGUGACCUCACUUUUGCCUGUGCCAGAAAAAUAUCGCAACUCAAAGCGUGGCCUUCGCAAGUACUACCAUGAAGAGUUUGCUCCGGCGUCAGAUGUGGAUCUCUUCUUGUAUGGUCUCACCGAGGAGCAGGCUCUGGAGAAGAUCAUGCACAUCGAGGAUAAAAUCAAGAACACUAUCCUCUAUGAGACCACAACCAUCCGGACCAAGAAUACAAUUACCAUUGCUUCUCAGUAUCCGAACCGCCAUGUGCAAAUCGUGCUUCGCAUCUACCGCUCAGUCGCUGAGAUUCUCACCGGAUUUGACGUUGAUGCUGCAUGUGCGGCUUAUGAUGGUCGCCAGGUCUAUGCUUCUCCUCGCGCUAUUGCUGCAUACAUCACGCAGGUGAAUCAGAUUGAUCUAACUCGACGAUCACCAUCAUAUGAAAACCGUCUCUCCAAGUAUUCGCACCGAGGAUUCGAGGUUUGCUGGCCCGCUCUUGACAGAUCGAAGAUUGACCCAACUAUCUUCGAGAGAAGCUUUACCAGAACUGAAGGACUUGCACGACUCCUGGUAUUGGAGAAGCUUCCUCGGUCUCAAGACCGGGACAACUACCUUCAAAAGAGGCGCGAAGAACGAGGUCGUCCUCCUCUGAACUUGUACAUGCUACGUCGUCAUGGUCAAACGUUACAUGGUAAUCUCAAGGAUGACUGGGAAGAUGAGGUACCUGAUUGGCAAGAGCAAGACCAAGUGUCUGAUUACCAUACCUUUAAUAUUCCUUAUGGUAGGAGAUUCAACGCCAAGAACAUUGAGAAGCUACUUUACACUAAGGAUCUGUUGCUGAACGCCCAAUGGAAUCAACCCGAAGACCGUACGGUUUAUCUUCAUCGUCAUCCAGCAUUCUUUGGCGAGGCAGAACAUGUCAUUGGCGACUGCUGUGGCUUCUGCCCCAAGCCUGUUACCGAGGAGGAAAUCGAGGUCGCCGACGAGGAGGCCAAGAUUUAUAUCUCUGGUCAAAUUACUUUCAUCAAAGAUGAUCCUGGCCGCCAGGAAAUUGGAAGUUUCAAUCCGAUCACUGAGACUGAUUGGACCGAAAUGGCUUACGUUGGCCGUACCGAGAGACUUUGCCAGGCAAUUGUAGCAAACGAUGUCGACUCUGUUAAAGCUUUCCUUGCGGAAGAGGGUGCCAAUCCGGACCGGCGUGACUACACUGGACGGACACCACUCCAACUCGCGUGCAUGUGCUCGACCCCUGAAGUCGUUCAAUGCCUUGUUGACGGCGGCGCUCGCAUGAUUCCCCGAAUGGCUGAUGGAAAGACUGCGCUCCAUCUUGCUAAUGAAGAAGAAGAAGCUAAGAAAGAGGAGAUGCUAAAAAAGAAUGACAAGUCAGAGCCUAGCGCAGCUGAGGAUGAAGAUGUCGACAUGAUUGACCAAAGUGAUGCAGUGUCUCACACCUCUGCUUCUUAUGUCAAGGUCGAAGCUGAGGAGGAAAAUGAGGGGGAGGAUUUGACCACGUACGAUACGCUGGAAGAGGACGACUCUGAGCCGGAUAUCUACGAUAUCAAUGUCGUGGCAUGGGAUAGCCGGACUGCCCCUUUGCAUCUCGCCAUUCUUCAUGGCCACACUGAGGCCGUGAAAGAGCUUGUCACGUCCUUUGGUGCCGAUGUUUUGAUGCCAGUCAAAAUCCUAAACGAGCACAACAGAACACCCCUGGCUGCAAUUCUUAACCUGGUUCUCAUCCAUGCGCUCCCAUUCGAGAAAGCAAAGGAGAUGUCGCAGACUCUUCUCGAUCUCGGCGCUUCACCAGCCCAAGCAGACCUUAAGCAGAAGUCACCGUUAUACUACCUUGCUCAUUCCGACAAGUUUGACAUUCUUGAUAUCUAUAUGCAGCAUGACGAGCCUGCAGUGAAGCGUGCAAUCAACCAUCUGGCGGUUCUGGGCUCGUCCUGGACACCAGAAUACUCCUCGGCAUUGAUGAUCGCGCUCGCUGCGAAGAAUGCACCCGCGGCAUCCAAGCUCUUGGGUGCAGGUGCCCACCCUGAGAUUAACAUCGGCGAGAUUGUGAAGCUUAUUAGGGCAUCAAGAGGAAGCAACAACUUCUACGACGCUGAGGACACCGCAAUGUCCAGUGUGAAACAGCCAAUCUUCCUGGCUAUCCAGAAUGAUCUUCCUUUGGUUGCCAUUGAUCUGCUUCAUCGCGGUGCGAACCCUAACGCCAUAAUCAAGGGGAAAUAUGAAACCAAGGGUCGCACGCUAUUGGAUGUCAUGCGCCAAACCUUGCGAACGCUCCGUGAAUUCUUGGUCGAGCGCAAGUACCAGAGCUAUUAUCAUUCCGUUGCAACUCCCCUCGAUCCCAGUGAUGAGACAUACUUGUCGGAGUUCCAAUCGGGUAGUUACAAAAUGUUCACUGCAAAGGACCAGCUCCGCAACGUGCGCAAGCUUAACCGACAGACCGAAGAACAAGCCGAGAAGGCCAAAGUCAUUCCGGAUGAUCCUCCUGGCUUGAUCGAGAAGAAGGCAUGCAUUGCGGAGUUGGUUCGCGACUACGAGAAGCUGGAGUUCAUUAUGCUGCAAAAGGAUGCAAAGACCUGGGACGAGCUUCAUCCUCCGCAGAACGUUCCCAUGCCGAUCCCAGCCCAGGUUCCGACUAAUAAGGCUAAUAAGCCUACACAGCUCCCCAGAAUGCCUUGGAAAGCCAGCUUCAGCUUCGAUGUACCAGCUAUUACUGACAACGCUCGCGAUGGAUAUUUGCAACUCUUUGAAGCAGCCUGGAAUGGCGAUAUUAGUACCAUCAAAACCUUGACACUGGGCAUGUGGGGAUCUCUCAAUGACCAAGCACCACUUGAGGUCGCCGUGACCGACAGCCAGGGCCUGUCUGCCCUUUCAAUUUCCAUCAUGCGCGGACACUUCGCCGUCGCUAAGGCUAUUAUUAAAAUUCUCCACGUGCAGUACAAGGUGAAGGAGCCUCGCGGUCGGAUGCGCUUUGAGAUCGACGUCGAUGGAUGCUCCGACGACCCCGAUGACUCUGAUGAAGGGGACGAUGAACUGAAAAUCGUUAGUGACAUUGUUGAUGAUACAUUCACCCACGAGAACAUCGGUGAAGUCAGCAGUCAGGUCGAGAGCAAUACUUCCCCUCUUGCUGCCUUUGAGCGACGGUUCAAUGCUUAUCUGUUUUUGGACGAAUAUGGGCAGGAAGGUUGGGACAAGAAAAACAAACCUGACAAUAUUGACGGCUUGUUGAAAUACGCUGUUUACACCAACAACAUUCCUCUUUUGGAAUUCGUUCUGAAGACCGGACUGGACCUUGCUUCCACCAAUCCAUCCGGAAAGCGCGAGUUCGUGGUAAAGUUGGAUGAGUUCCAGCUUGCAAUUUCGCUUGGACGUACCGACUGUCUUGCCAAAAUGAUUCAAAGCGCUGGAGCUGGCCUUCCUCUCUCAAAAUUGAGUGAGGAUUGUGGCGUCGAAGAGAAGAAGGAACCUCAGUACUACCCUGGGUUAUCGAUUCGUGGCGCUAAGCGUGCCGAUUGGGCUAAUGCUGGUCGAGACCGACCGAUGAGAGCGCAGAAACAGCGUCCUCCUCUUCUAAUUGCAGCUCGCCGGGGUAAUCUGGCCAGUACUGAGUUCUUCCUUGGUACCGCGCCUGCUCGUUAUUACCUGGAGUACCUCAAUGCGAACAAAGAUGACGAGAGAGUCAAACGGCUGACUCAGUCCAAACUCGGACUAGAAGGAUCUCUCUUAACCUGGUUACAAGCGAGAAACAACCUCGUCCUCCACAGCGCAAUCCUGUCCGAACCAAACGACGAAUCUGUUCGUCUGGUUCAGUAUCUUGUGGAUCAUCACCCCGAAUGCAUGGAGGCCCGAUCGACAGAAGGACUGACGCCUCUCGCCCUUGCCAUGUCCCACCACAAGGUCCGCUUCGCCCGCAUCUUGGUAGAUGCCGGAGCCAACCAGGCCGUCCGUGACAAAGAAGCGCGCAAUCUCCUCCACCUCAUCCUCGUAUCAGAUAGUGGUCGGGUCUGCAAGCACUCCAACCGAUGCACCAAACUCCUAGAUAUGCUUGAUAAGCAACUCCUCCCAACAAUGCUCACGGAGCGCGCUGGCAAAGGCUCAAGAACACCGUUCUCACGCUGGCUUCACGCCCAACCCUACUUUACGCCAGCGGAUCCAGCCAUCCCUCGGCCACCUAACACUCCCCAGACCGAUGAUGAGAUAAUAACGUGCAUGACGAACCUCAUUCUCGAUCUAGCCGAUUCCACGGACCAGAAGCAUCUCGAGGUCUUUGACGAAGCUGGAAAUACGCCUGUGCAUGAUGUUGUCAAGAAAGGUUUCCCCCAAGUUCUUGGACUACUCCUCGAUCGUCGUCCUGACAUGCUCAACCGGGAGAAUGCCACUGGCACGACUCCUCUUGAAAUGGCGGUUGACGCUUGGGUCAACAAGACUACCUCUGCGCCGCCCGUCAGUCCUCCGGGAGCCACGAGUACGCACCCUGAGUGGCAGAACGCCAUUCAGCGCCCUCCUCGAUUCUUCAUUCCCGGUUGCAGGCUCAAGUACGAUGAAGAGAAGGAAAUGCUUCGGGUUUGUCAGGAACGAGCUCAGCAGCGGCCUGGAAAGAGAAGACUUGUUAGUCUGUUUGAGGCGAAUGAAGUCGCUAAGAGAUUGGCAGCGGCCGGGCGGGCUACUGGUCGGCGUUUUGGCGCUAGAGAUGAUGAUGAGUGUACGGAUUCUGAGGAUGAUCCUGAAGGGUGGGGAAGCGUGUCUGGUUAUUGGUAG